AUGCCAAAAGAGCAAUACAUGUGCCAAUUGUGCGCAAAUCAUGGAGUGUACAAUCAACCGAAAAAAGGACACAAACAAAAAUGCCUUUUCAAGGAAUGUCCAUGUUCCCUUUGUGCGUUGAACACAAAGCGGCGAGCUCUCGAUCAAAUCGAGCGACAAUUGAAAACAAAUGGAGUUGAACAAUCCAGCCCCACAUCAUCAACAUCAAAUGAAUUGCCGAUCAUGAUUGAUACUGCUUCUCCAUCACCGACUUUUCUACCGGAUUUAUCAUCCACAUCAAUAAGCUCCACUCCAUCAACAAGUCAUGUAAAUUUUGUGGAAAAAAGUGAGUUCUUUCAC